AUGCCCCAACCAAUCGUCCUUUACGACCUGAUGCGUCAAGUGCCUGGAGGCCAUUCUGACGCCGAACAGUCCUGGAGUCCGAAUACGAUGAAAACUCGGUAUGCCCUGAACAUCAAAGGCUUGCAGUUCAAGACCGAGUGGAUUGGAUUUGGCGCCGUCGGGCGCAAGAUGAAGGAGCUAGGCCUCCCGCCGCACCCAGACAGCUACCCGGGUCCCAAGUACACCGUUCCAACUAUUUACGACCCCAACACCGACAAGUAUGUCACCGAGUCGUUCGCCAUAGCGAGGUACCUUGACGAAACCUACCCGGACACUGCUCGUCUCGUCGCGCCCGGCACUGCCGGCUUCCAGGUCGCUUACGUCGAGAAGAUCGCCGUGCCCCUCAUGUACUUGACGAUCCCGGCCCUAGGCUGGCCGGUGUUCGAGCAGUGCGGAGUGAGCGAGGAGGACAAAGAGCAUCUCCGCAAGUUGCGUGAAGCGGCCUUCGGGAGGAAGGUUGACGACGCGGAGUAUAAGGACCUGCAUGCGAUGAUGAAAGUCCCAGAUAUGAACGGCCCUCUCGACAUCCUUGCCCGUCAUGUUGCCGCGAAUGGCGCAAACGCGUUGUUCCUCGCGGGGGACAGUCCUUGUCACGCUGAUACGGCGAUCGCUUCUGUGUUGGUCAGUGCACUCAGGAUCCUUGGGAUGGAGGGUGAGCUCUGCGAAGCCAUCCUGCAGCACAGCUGGGCAGGGAAGUACGUGGAGGCGAUGUCGAAGUGGGAAUGA